UAAAGGGGGACCCAUUGCAGUGAAGGUGCUGCAUAUAAAACAGGGACCAUUGCUAGAACAUGCCUUUCAGCUUUACACUAAAACUAGACUUGGAUAUGUGAGAUGCUUCAUUGGAACUGAAUGCUGCAGGAUGGCUCUAUUGUAUACACACCGUGUGUGUGUCUCUGUAAGGGUAAAAUCACAGUGCUUUACUAAGGAGGAUUGAAAGGGGAGCUGCUCUUUCUCUCUCUGUGUAUCUCUAUCGCCCUGCUCCCCCUCUGGGCAGCUUUUGUCCCUGAUAGGAAAUGACUUGGCCGUUUCCACAUGGCGUUUUCGCUCGGCUGGACCUGUGCCUGGGAGGCUGAGGAAAGAUCAUGCAGAGUUUGUCAGGAGCGGUGAACGAAGGUAACACCCCGAGCCUGCAAGACAUCAGAGAGGAGCAGCGACCCCUGAAGCAGUCCUUGAGCAGUUCGCUGUGCAGGGAGACUCACUGGAAAUGCUUGGUCCUGACCCUCCUGAUGUACAGCUGCUUUGGCGUGGUGACCUGGUGCCACCUGUCCAAGGUGACCAGGCUGGCCUUCAACAAGCCCUACGGCCGUGAGUCGAUGAUCUACCACGAGAGCCCGUGCUCCAGCGGCUACGUCUACAUCCCGCUGGCCUUCCUCAUGAUGCUGUACGUGGUCUACCUGGUGGAGUGCUGGCACUGCUAUGGCAAGAACGAGAUGCAGCACAAGGUGGACGUCAACAGCGUGUACGAGAGAGUGCAGCGCCUCCAGCAGGCCACCCCCUGCAUCUGGUGGAAGGCCAUCAGCUACCACUACAUCCGGCGGACCCGCCAGGUCACCCGCUACCGCAACGGCGAUGCCUACACCACCACGCAGGUCUACCACGAGCGGGUCAACACCCACCUGGCCGAGUCGGAGUUCGACUACUCGCGGCACGGGGUCCGGGACGUCUCCAAGGAGCUGCUGGGCCUCGGCGACUACCCGGCGACCAAGCUCCGCUUCACCAAGUGCUUCAGCUUCGCCAGCGCCGAGUCGGAGACGGCCUACCUGACCCAGAGGGCCCGGUUCUUCAGCCAGAACGAGGGCCUCGAUGACUACAUGGAGGCCCGUGAGGGCAUGCACCUGAAGAACGUUGACUUCAAGGAGCACAUGCUGGCCUUCUCUGACCCCAAGAACCCUCCCUGGUACGUGUCCCGCUAUGUCUUCUGGACGCUCUCCUUCCUGGUGCUGUCGUGGCCGCUCCGGGUGCUGGUGGAGUACCGCACGGCCAGCGUGCACUACCACGUGGAGAAGCUCUUCGGCCUAGACGAGGGACUGCUGGCCCUCACCCCCGAGGAGGCAGGUCCCUACGGCCAGCGGGUCACCCGGGUCAACACCAUUGACAUGACCGAGCUGGAGUGGCACAUCCGCUCCAACCAGCAGCUGGUGCCCAGCUACUCCGAGGCCAUGCUGAUGGAGGCUUCCUCCUCAGGAGGAGGCACCAGGCCUCGGCCUCCCUCCUCCUCCGCCGCCGCCGCCCCCUACCCCCAGAGGUGCCAGCGUUGCCGCCGGACAGUCAGCAGCUCCUCGCUGCCAUCGGCCCGUGAGCCGUGCGCCCGCCUGCCCUUCAGCCGCAGCCGCCUCUCGCUAGGCCGGCUCCAGGGCCCAGGCCGGGCCUGCCUCUUCCGGAGCCUGAGCGGAGGGCGUUUCGUCGAGGCCCCGGGGACGGGGGUCAGGGCGGACGACGAGGAAGACGAGGAGGAGGAAGAGGAAGAGCCACCCUCUUACCAGGACGCCAUCUACUUCCCGCGCCUCAUCGUGCAUGCGGGCAGCGGUUGCCAGGGGCACCAGCCCCGGCAACAGGAAGGCCCGGGCUCGGGGCCAGACACACCGUUGUGAACUUUCACCUCCCGACUGUUGUCAACUGAUCCGCAUCACACCCACCCCUCAAAGGAAAAACGUCCUUCGCCAUCGACAAACUAAUCCCGUCCCUCUCCCUCGACCGGUUCACGUCUCGCUACAGGAACAGCCAAAGGGGGUGAAACUGUCAAAACAAAACCAAAAACAAACUACGGUUCCUCACCGCCACUGGCGCCCCCUCCCGUUACGUAUGUUCUCAUGCUCCAAGAUGGCGGCUGUUUUAGCUCAAGGGGAGCUCAUGGUCAAGGGAAGGUUCCCCCCCUGUCUCCAUUCCCCCCCUCCUGAAAAAGCCUCACAACUGAGUUCCAACUUCACUGAACCACUGGACGUUGAGUCCUCUGGGAAGAGAUUCCAGUGUCGGAGGGUAGAGAAAGAGGGAUGGGAGUGGGUGGGGGGGAGGGAUGUGGAAAAAAUGGAGUGGGGAG